AGUGCUCCCGCUUCGCCGCCGGGGGAGGGCGGGCUUGCUUCCCGAGAGCGUGUUCGCAUCGAUCGCGAGCAAGUAGCGAUUGCUUUGGUCUGUUGUUUAGGUAUGGCGCCCGCGAGGCUGCGAAGAGGCCGCAGGAACCCGGGUUAGGGUCUCGUUCGGUGCUGACCGCUGCCCACGGUCGAGUUGGCUAUGGGGGAGCCAGAUUUCCUGGUCACGGGAGGCUGUAUCGGUGGCCGGAGCUGGUGCUUGCGGCGGGUGGGGAUGAACGCCGAGUGGCUGCUGCUGGAGGAUGGGCGAGAGGUGACUGUAGGACGAGGAUUUGGUGUUACAUACCAGUUGGUAUCAAAAAUCUGCCCUCUGAUGAUUUCUCGAAACCACUGUGUUUUGAAGCAGAAUCCUGAGGGCCAGUGGACAAUUAUGGACAAUAAGAGUCUGAAUGGUGUUUGGCUGAACGGAGAACGUCUGGAACCUUUAAAGGUCUAUUCCAUCCAUAAAGGAGACCACAUCCAGCUUGGAGUGCCUCUGGAAAGUAAAGAGAAUGCAGAGUAUGAAUAUGAAGUUACUGAAGAAGACUGGGAGAGAAUAUAUCCCUGUCUUUUCCCAAAGGAUGAUCAGAUGAUAGAAAAAAAUAAGAAUUUGAGAACUAAAAGGAAAUUUAGUUUGGAUGAGGGUUCUGGAGCUGAAGGACCCUCAAAUCUGAAAUCCAAAAUAAAAGUGUCUUAUAAAACUGGUCAGCUAGUGAAGUCGCAUGGAAAAGGUGAAGUGUCCAACCAACUCUCUGAAUGUUUGGAUCCUAAGUUGACUUCUCUUGAGCCAAAUGAAAAGAACACAGAGACUCAUGUUUAUUCUGGCCUCCCAGAAGUCAUAGAGCUUCAUCAUAAGCAGAAAGCCUCAAACCCUUCAACAUCUCAGAGCAGCUUAGAGCUCUUUAAGGUGACCAUGUCCAGGAUUCUGAAGCUGAAAACACAGAUGCAUGAACAACAGUUGGCAGUUCUGAAUGUAAAAAAGCAGACUCCAAAGGGGAACUCAAAGAAAAUUGUGAAAAUGGAGCAGGAACUGCAGGACUUACAGUCUCAGCUAUGUGCAGAGCAGGCACAGCAGCAGGCAAGAGUGGAGCAGCUGGAGAAGACCUUCCAGGAGGAGGAGCAGCAUCUCCAGGUAGCGCGCAGGAGGGAAAGCGAGGGUGCCUUCGGUGGGCAGGGCUUGGAGAAAGAGCAGGGAGAAGAGGACCUGAAGCAACAGCUGGCCCAGGCUCUACAGGAGCAUCGGGCCCUAAUGGAAGAGCUAAAUCGUAGCAAGAAGGACUUUGAAGCAAUCAUUCAAGCCAAAAACAAAGAAUUGGAGCAGACCAAGGAAGAGAAGGAGAAGGUGCAAGCACAGAAGGAGGAAGUUCUUAGCCACAUGGCUGAUGUGUUGGAGAAUGAGCUCCAGUGUAUUAUUUGCUCAGAAUACUUCAUUGAGGCUGUUACCUUGAACUGUGCCCACAGUUUCUGUUCCUACUGUAUCAAUGAAUGGAUGAAGCGAAAGAUAGAAUGCCCCAUUUGUCGGAAGGACAUCGAGUCCAAAACCCACUCCCUGGUUCUAGACAAUUGCAUUAAUAAAAUGGUAGAUAAUCUGAGCUCAGAAGUGAAAGAACGACGAAUUGUCCUCACUAGUGAAAGAAAAGCAAAGAGACUGUCCUGAAGACCAUGCUGUAAGGGCAUUUGAAAGACUGUCAGGCAGUGGGAGCUUGGAAUGGUCUGGAGGAUUCUCUGGAUGCGACUCAGCCACUCUGGAGGUCAUCUGAGGAGCCCUGUGGGGCAGAGAGUGAGUUAGGAAGCCCUCCCUCACUCACCAUCCACAUUGGCCAGCCCUGUUGCCAUCACUGUCGGGAGAACCACCAGGGCUUACUGCACUGACUGCUUCAGGGUACUUCAUAGACUUUGCUUCACUGUGCGUUGAAUUGGUUAUUUGGGUUCUGUUCUGUUUUUUUAAUUUGUUCUUGUUAUUUUGAUACCUCAGAAGCAACUUUGUUGACAUUUGUUUUGGACAGAUUGAGUGUACUCCAUGGCUGCCUGUGACUGCAGCCUCUAUUUUGAGAGGAUGGCUAACCUCUUCUUUGUGAAAACAGUAUGUCAUUUCCUGGAAAUAAAAUGUUAAAACCUGUCAGUUGC